UGGGCUUCUAGGUAAGACAGUAUUCUUUGUACAAAGCUAGAGAAAACUCCAAAGAGGCCGAAUUUGGAUCUACAAAAGUAGUAAUAUUCCUAACCUGUGAGAUCAAUUCAAUGGUGAAGUGAUUGAUAUCAUUAGGUAUAUCUUGCGUACUUUGCCCUCUGAUUCUUAAAAUUUUACAUACGCAAAUGACUUAAUAACAUCUAAAAGCAUCUUUAAAAAUAGUCUGUAAUUCAUUUUCGUAAUUGUGUUAAUUAACUCCAAGUCAAUAAUGGGCAACAAGUCGAGUCUUCUUUUACGUGAAGAGGAGAUUGCACAAAUUCAGGAAGCAACUGGAUUUACUCCAAACCAAAUAGAACGACUUUACAGUAGAUUUACGAGUCUGGAUCGUGGAGAUUGUGGUACUUUAAGCCGUGAAGAUUUUUUACGGAUUCCAGAACUAGCAAUAAAUCCGUUGGGAGAAAGGAUUGUUAAUGCCUUUUUUGAGGAAAGUGGUAAUGAUCGAGUCAAUUUUCUACAGUUUAUGCAAGUUCUUGCCCUUUUUAGGCCUAUUAAGAAAAAUAGUCCUAAUCGAUUAAAUUCUAGACAAGCUAAAUUAAGAUUUGCAUUUAAAAUGUAUGACUUAGAUAACGAUGAAAUGAUUUCUAAAGAUGAGUUAUUGGCUAUUUUACACAUGAUGGUUGGUGCAAAUAUAAGUGAAGAGCAGCUAACCAGUAUUGUAGAAAGGACUAUUGUUGAAGCUGAUGAAAAUGGAGAUAAUAUGAUUUCCUUUGAAGAAUUUUGUAAAGCACUUGAAAGGACCGACGUUGAACAGAAAAUGUCUAUACGAUUUCUUAGUUAGUUAAUCUGUUGAAUUAUGUCAACUUAUGACUAUUCUACAAAUGUAAAUAGUACUUGAUUGAUAUCCGUGUUGUGGAUGUUACAAAUUAUAAUAUAUCUAAGAUAAAUUAAGGUAAAUUAUUACAGGCUUCUUUACAGCAAAUGUGAAAUAUUUAGUGAGUGAAGUAUUUUCAUAGUCACUAAUUUAUUGUUACUAUAAUCUUUGAUUUAUUUUACAAUGAACAUACUACAAUAUUAUUGUAAAUAUGUUUUACCAAAGGGUAUGCUAUUAUACGUGUUCAUAAAUACUCUAGCGGAUGUGAAGUUUCUGUCAAAAUUCUUGUACUUAUUUUCCAAGUACUAAAUUAAAACAAGAUUUGAUUGAAAA